AAAUAUGGCGUCUAUUUACGUUUGUAGUUCGAAGCUAUAGGGCACUGUUACAGUUUGUGGCUUGUUUUUUUUUCGAAAAUCGUGAGAGUUUCCGUGUAAUCAUGGUAAACACUUGUAUUGUAAGUGGUUGUAAGCGAGAAUCCUAUCCAGGCUGUGGAAUAUCUUUCCAUAGGAUUCCAGCUAAUGAAAAACAGAGGGCUUUGUGGAUUACUUCCAUGAAUCUUGACAAUAAUAUGUCAAAAUUUGCUUGCGUUUGUAGUUUGCAUUUUAAUCAAGAUGACUAUUUAACAGAAACUAAGAAAAAGUUAAAACCAGAAGCGGUUCCUUCAGUAUUCCCUAAGAUAUUUCAAGGAAGCAAGAAAACUACAGUUUUAAGUAUUCAAAACAUGGAACUAGAAUCUUCUAUACAGCCAUCAACUACCAGCGAUAUCACACAAGCAGGAACUUCUUGCGAACGAGGAGGAUCUUCUAGUAAAUAUGAUGUUGGAAUUUCUGGAGAACUGUCCUCUAGAAAGGUCAAACAAGAGGAAACAAGUACUCAGAUGCAAGAAUUAAAAAAUACCCCAAGAAAAGCAAAAUUACGACGAGAUGUUAAGGUUUUGAAACAAAAACUUAAAAGGCGCGAAAUAAAGAUUGGAAAUUUAAGGUCGAUUUUAAAUUUAUUGAAGAAAAAUGCAAAAUUUUAAUGAUACUCAUGGUCCACUUCGAUAUUGAUUAAAAUAAAUAGUGUAUUUCGUUGAAAAAACAGAAUUUACCAUAAAAUAGAAGAAAUUUAUACUAUAUGUGUUUUGUGUUAUGUGUAUUGACUUGUCAUUUAAAAGUUAUUUAUAAUAAUUGUCUACAUAUUACAAAUAAACGAAUUUUAGUUCA